UUAAAGAUUUAUUUUUUUGGUGUAUCCAUCAGCUGCAGAUCAGCAACCUGAGCCACUUGACCCCUGAGGGUAAGGCUGGGGUCAUGUGGCCAAUCGGCAUCAACUCCCCCUUCAAACCCAAGACCCGCUUCGAGGUCAUAAACUGGGAUUACUUCACCGAGGAGCACAUUUACUCCUGCACGGACGGCUCUCCCAAAUGUGAGAUGAGAGGAGCUGACCGAGCCGACGUCAGCGCCAUAUUGGAGGUCGCCGUGGAGCGGCUCAACGAGCGCUACCAGCCGCAGCUCCGUUUCCGCAAGCGGCGCCUGCUGAACGGCUACAGGCGCUUCGAUCCCACGCGUGGGAUGGAGUACAUACUGGAUCUGGCGCUGGAGGCUUUCACCCAGAAAGGUCACAGCCAGGUCAUUGCCAAAAGGGUCAACUUGUUACGACCUCUGAGCGCUGUCGAGAUUAUCCCCAUGCCUUACGUGACGGAGGCAACGCGGGUGCAGGUCAUCCUGCCGGUCACUGCCCAGGAUCAGGAUUACGUGGGUAACUUCCUCGACAUGUACGUGACGAACACCCUGGACACCCACGAUAACGUCUUACUGACCUUCCUGUUCAUCUACGACCCCUUCGACGCCCAGAGAGUCAGCCAGACCGACGUAUUCGCUGGGGUCAAGUCGAUGAUCGGCGAAGUGGAAAAACGUUACGGCGACGUGAAGAUUCCCUGGAUCAGCGUGAAGACGGAGGUUCCCUCACAGGUCAAGCUGAUGGACAUCAUUUCCAAGAAGCACCCUGUUGACACGCUUUUCUUCCUGUCGAGUGUUUGGACCGAGGUCAACGCGGACUUCCUGAACCGCUGCCGAAUGAACGCCAUCAGCAAUUGGCAGGUUUUCUUCCCCGUCCACUUCCAGGAGUUCAACCCCGCCGUCAUCUACCGCGACCAGCAGCCGUCUGCCUCCUCCACCUUCGCCUCAGAGUCUCUCCGUGACGGCCACUUCGACCGCCACGUCUUCGACGAAGCCUGCUUCUACAACGCCGACUACAUGAGCGCACGCACCAAGAUGGCGGCCGACAUUUUAGAGAACGAGGAGCUGAUGGAGAGCAUGGACGUUUACGACAUUUUCGUGCGUUACUCCGGCUUGCAUGUGUUCCGGGCCGUGGAGCCGGCGCUGAUCCAAAAGUACGUGCGGCGGGCGUGCAACCCGCGGUUCAGCGAGGACAUCUACCACCGCUGCGUGCUCAGCAACCUGGAGAGUCUGGGGUCGCGGUCGCACCUCGCCAUGGCUCUGUUCGAGCAGGACCAGGCCAACAGCACAUAAAACACCGGUCUAAUGCAGAUAACUGUGGAUUUAAUCCUCUUUUUUCUGGAAAUCUAAUGGUACAAAGAUGUCAGGAUCAAUUAAAAAAAAAAACACAAAAAAAAACAAUAAUAACAACCGUAACUGUUUACACCUCGCAGCUGAAAGUAUCCCUGCUCAUUACGGGAACUUUUGACUUUUACUUUUGUACCUUUUGAAAUGUGUCACGUCUAGACAGCAACGAAUCAUAGAUGCUACUCUGAUUCCUGCUGUUUGCGUUCUCAGCCUCUGAGACGGUAUUUAUAUAUUUAGGCAUAUUUCAGUAUCUGUAACAUAUAAACAAAGGCCUUCUUUGUUAAUAAUCAUUGGAAAGAAAAUCACUUGAGCCAUAAGUCUUCCAUUGUGGAGCUGUUCAGAUACUGGAAACAAGCUGAAGCCAUUGGCUGCCUUUUUCUUUAGAAAAUGUUCUUUUUUUUGUAAGAGGUAUUAAAGAGUAAAAUUUACGCACA